AUGCCACCUUCUAAACGUCGAAAAAUUGCGCCUGCCGAGACGAACUCCGCCGAUUGGGAUGCGGUCUUCGAUCCGAUUACCCUCCGUCGGCACAGCUACACGGUCGCAUGGAUUUGCGCCUUACAUAUCGAGUUGGCGGCAGGUCAGGCUAUGCUAGACGAGGUCCACGAUGAGCUGCCCGGAUGCGCUGCUGACGACAAUACCUACAUUCUCGGGACCGUCAGCGGGCACAAUGUCGUGAUCGCGUGCCUCCCUACGAACCAAUAUGGGACAGUCAAUGCUACAAACGUCAUUACCAACAUGAAGCGAACCUUUCCAUCGAUACGAGCAGGGCUUAUGGUGGGCAUUGGGGGUGGAGCGCCCAGCAUGGCCGAUAUACGUCUGGGAGAUGUGGUGGUGGGCGUCAGGGUUAUGCAAUCUGACCUCGGAAAGUUGGUUACAGGUGGCAGAAUCGAGCGAACUGCAGUACCGCGAAUCCCUCAGCAGCAGCUUGGGACUGUCGUCUCGACCUUGCGAUCGAAUCAUGAAAUGAGGCCCAGCCGAAUACCCGCCAUCAUACGAGAAAGAAUGAAGGAUAAUCCAAGCUAUGGUUUCCCAGCUUCGCCUGAUUGGCUCUUCGAAGCCUCUUAUAACCAUGAUCAACCUAUCCCGGAUUGCGAGGGCUGCGACAGCAGCAGACUUGUGCCUCGAUGUACUUGGUCAACGGAAGAUCCGGUGAUACAUUACGGGGGGAUCGCAUCAGGGAACCAAGUUGUGAGAGAUGGUGUCGAAAGAGACAAGAUCGCACAGGAAAUAAAUGUUCUGUGCUUCGAGAUGGAGGCAGCAGGCCUAAUGGAUAGCCUUCCAUGUCUCCCAAUCAGGGGUAUUUGUGACUAUUCGGACUCGCACAAGAACAAAAAAUGGCAGAGAUAUGCUGCAGCCGCCGCCGCCGCAUAUGCACGAGAACUCCUGCAUGUGUUUCCAAAAGAAGAGAAAUCCCUGUACUCUCUUCACUAUGAUAAUGAUCUCUCAAGGACGAUACAUCAGCAGCGCUUACUGAGUUCUCUACGGUUUGAGCAACUUCAUUCACGUAGAGAAGCUAUUGCAGGUACGCAUUCGCGUACAUGCGAAUGGUUUCUCGGCCACCAAAUCUAUAAAACUUGGUUGAGUCCCUCAAAAAUGGGCGAGCACAAUGGAUUUCUUUGGAUCAGUGGUAAACCAGGGGCCGGAAAAUCGACCCUAAUGAAAUAUCUGUAUUCAAAAUCCAAAGGCCUGGGCGACAACAAAUCCCUUGUGGCUUCAUUCUUCUUCAACGCCCGAGGCCGUCACGUUGAGAAGUCUAUCCUGGGGAUGUAUCGCUCCUUGAUAGUUCAACUUCUGGAUGGAUUUCAGGAUCUUCAGAAGUUAUUGGACAACUCAGAAUUCGACUCAUUUCUUGUCGAGGGUUGGCCUUUAGACCAAUUGAAGAGGCUUUUUCAAAGGGCAGUGUCUCGCCUUGGCACACGCUCAUUCACAUGCUUCAUUGAUGCACUUGAUGAAUGCAACGAGCUGGACAUUCUAGACAUGGUUCAAUUUUUCGAAGAGAUGGCCGAAAAUGCCGUGGCUAGUGGGCUGUCUUUUCGAAUUUGUUUCUCCAGCCGACAUUAUCCCUAUAUUGAUAUCCGGAGAGCUCUUCGCCUGACACUCGAAGACCAAAAGGGCCACGAUGAAGAUCUAGCCAACUACGUUGAAGGUCGCCUUAGAAUCAAGGGUCCGGCAUUAGAAGAGCUACGAUGUGAAAUUUUGGCAAAGGCAGCAGGAGUUUUCCUCUGGGUUGUAUUGGUCGUUGGUAUUCUCAACACAGAAGAGAGGAGAGGCCGGUUAGGGAUGAAGAGACGGCUUACCGAGCUCCCUGGCAGCCUAAGUCAUUUGUUCAAAGACAUGCUAUUACGCGACAAUGACAACAUGGAAGAUUUACUUCUGUGUAUUCUCUGGACCCUGUAUCCGCAGCGCCCAUUAGGCCCAGAAGAGUACUAUCAUGCUCUUUGGAUCGGUUUGUCUCAGAAGAAACUUGUGGACCCUAAUAUUCCUGACAUUACCGAUCUGCACUCGAUUGAACGGUACAUUGUGAGCUCUUCCAAAGGGCUUGCCGAGUUAACCAAAUAUGCGCCGCGGAAAGUCCAAUUCAUCCACGAGUCUGUGAGAGACUUUCUCCUGAAGGACAAGGGAAUUCUCGAGCUGUGGCCUGAUCUUGGACAGAACUGGGAGGAAUCCGCACAUGAGCGGCUCAAGCAAUGUUGUAGUGAUUACUUAAAGCACUUUGCGAUUCAUCAGAACAAUUACGAUCCUGAGUUCAACUACGCGGAUUAUGUUCUUCUCCAGUACUCCAGCUUAAAUUUGCUGUAUCACGCCAAUGUUGCGGCCAAUUCUAUCCCACAAAACACCUUUCUUUCGCGGUUUUCUCUAAGCGAAUGGAUUAUGGCACGGUCCUACUCAGGUGGACAUCUGGGAUCCGAUGAAUACAACUCCGAGACGAAUAUCCUCUAUAUACUAGCUCAUCAAGGGCUUGCUAACCUUGUUAGCACUAGACUUCAAGAUUUCCCUCGCCUUGAGAUUUACGGAAUGCAGUAUCGCUAUCCGCUGUUUGCUGCUUUGGCUAACGAAUACAAGAAGACUGUCGAAGCAAUGAUAAGCUCGCCUUGCGUUAUUGAUGCAUCCGAAAUUGCGGAGAGCUUGACGUAUGGACAGGAAUUUAUCAACAAGUCCGGCUCAUUAAAUUUACUCUCCUGGGCCGCUUUUGAAGGACAGACAGACAUUGCUCAACUGCUUCUUCAGAGAGGAUGCUUAGUGGAUGACAGAGAUGGGGGGAACUUCACACCACUCGAGCGAGCGCUGGAACAAAACCACAUCAAAACGGCCGAGCUACUUCUGAAGCACGGAGCGGACCCUCAGAAGUGUAGCCUUGCGUCUGUGAUAAAGAUUGGGAACAUCAAAUCUGUCCAGUUCCUUCUAGAUAAUGGGUUAGAUCCUAAUAUCAUGGGUGCGAGGGAUGAUGAUCUCCCGCUGACUACAGCCAUUUGGAAUGGCCAGGAUAAAGUAAUAAAGAUGCUUCUUGAAAGGGGAGCCAGCCCAGAUACCCCAGGCAGGUUUGAUCGGACGCCUCGAUCUGAAGCAAAACAACUUAAUCUGGUGGAUGUUUUGCAGACUUUUGGGGAAGAGGGGAAGGGUCUCAACUUAUCAACACUAAAUAUCUGA